AUGGAACACAAGCUAUCGGCUAAAGCAACCAAAAUACGCCACCGUCUGACCUUUGCCAGAAGCAGCUCCGCACGAGGUCUAGCAUUAACACUUGCUUCGCCCACGGAGACCAAUCCAUCAACCAGUCGUCCCCGGUCAGCGACAGAUCCCGAGUCUCCUGCCCAUGGCGAGCCAACAUGGGACAUUAAAGACCCUGAUCACACCCAGGGCUACAGUUUUACAGAUGAGCCGGGCUACUUCCGCCCUGUAUCGCCGUUGAUUGACCGACAAGAGAUUGACGAAGAUCUCGAAGAUGAUAUCAAACACGCAUGCGCUAUGCUAUCUCACAGCAUUGAUCGUGGCAUUCCUACAGUUUUGUCCCAUCGGAGUGUUGGGCCAAUCUGGACAAAUGCACAAAAUCAGCCUAGUGUCGAUGCAGCUCCUCUAACUUUAGAACAGCAUGUUGUUCUUCUGUCGGCGCCCAACCCGAUCAGCCUCGAAACAGAAAAUACCGAGAAACAUGAUUCCGGCGUCGGUAUGAGCUUCAAUUCUGCCAGUCAAUCAGGGAGACCGUACGAAAAUAGCGUGUCGGGCAAAAAUUCCUCAGCCCGGUUCUAUAACAAGCAAUCCUCCGCCUCACCACCACACAGCCCAUCAGCAGGACCCUGCUCCCCGAGCCUGAGUCCAGCAACAACAGUCGAGGAGGAUAGUCAAAGGAAGCGAGCCUACUCCUCCAGCCCGGUUCCCUUCCAAUACAGUCCUCCACAACUCAACAGCGUGUGGAAAUUCGAGCCAAUGACGCUCGACAGUCCAAUUAGCCCGCUGAGUGAAACCAACUCUCAGCAUGAAGCUACUGAGUCUAGACUUGAGACAGAACCACGGACCGCAAGUGCCGACAGAAAUGAUAACAAACCCGAGACAUUCGUUCCAGCCAUAUCCCCACAUCUCGGCGGGGUGGACAGGACCUGGCUUCGGGGUACCGGAGACAUUCAACGCCAAUUCGAAGAAGAAGUGAAAACCCAGCCCAGGGAGACAAAGCCAGUGAUCCGCUUCUACAGUUCCUACAACCAAACAACAGACGAUUUCAAUCCCCGUGAAUGGCCGAUGAAGAAUUUCUGGGAUCGAGACCCAAGUAUACACAGCGACGGGUCAUCAGCUUCCCCACUGAGUGCUGGAAUGGGCACGGUGUCCAGACCAGAAACAGCUAACCCGAGAUUGGGUACAACUUCGACGAAUGAGGAGGCGUUACCUGGCAGAUACCCGUACCACACAUUUGCCGGGUCCAGCCGUGGGAUGUCUUAUUCGUCUUCUUGUCUGGGAAAUGAGAUUAAGAGCCAGGGACGUGUUUACUCUGUUGAUGUGCCCGGUUUACCGCCUAAAAAUAACCGGCGGAAGAAAGCUUCGCUUUUGUUUAGGAAGUUGGCUGGGCUGGGGAUGAAGAAGAAGUGA